AUGAAGUUAACUCGACGUUUGCUGUGUCUACCCUUUCGACCAAAACGCGUCUUAGGAAUAACAAAGGUAACACUUUGGGAUAUUAUAAGAUCGAAAUAUCCUGAUUGGGAUGAAAUGCAACUUCACGAUAAAUUUGUUUCAUUGCAAUCUGGCAUAUCUCCGGAUAUUCUAAAACAAGAACACGAAAUGCAAAUUGAUUGUGAAAAUCAAUUGAACGAAAUAAUGAAGAAAAUUGGAUGUAACUUUAGAAUGGUCAAGAGGGUAAACAAUGCUAACGACGACGUUGAAUGGGCCGAUCUGGUGAUUUCGAUCGGCGGAGAUGGUGCUUUCCUUUUAGCAUCUCGAUUAAUUCAAAAUAAUAAAAAAGCAAUAAUCGGUAUAAAUCCAAAAACCAUUAUAGACGAGCAGCGUACCUUUUCGAUAGAUCAUUGUACAGAUAUUGAAAAUAUAUUUGAAAAAUUGCAAGAAGGAAGAUAUAAUUUAUUGAUGAGAAGUCGAAUAAGAACCACCAUGUACGGGAAGGAUAUUAAUCAUGAGCCUUAUCACUUGGAUGAAAAAACUCGAUCGGUAAAAGACUUAAUGAAAGAUAAAGACGAUGGAAAGAAUUCCGAGAUCGUCGUAAAAAGUAACGAAACAAAACUCGCAGAUUUUCUUCAGGAAUCUCAUCGAAGAGUAUUACCAUGGUUGGCGUUAAACGAGGUAUACAUGGGUGAAUUUUUAUCAACCGGCACGAUAACAUUGACCAUUCAAGUUGACGAUCAAGAUGUUUAUAAAAUACAAUGUUCUGGAAUAUGCGUAUGCACUGGUUCAGGUUCGCGAAGUUGGUUUCGUUCGAUGAAUCUUCAAGCACCGGAAACUGUUAAGAGAUUAAUUAAAAUCGCUAUGGGAAAGGAUAUCGAUGAAGAUGAUGCUUUGAAAGUAAUACAAUCUUAUCAUCGUAGUCUUUCAUUUGAUCCAGAAGACGAGAGAAUGUCUUACAUGGUUCGUGAAUUGUAUAGAGCGAGGAAAUGGCCUAAACCAAAAUCAUCCCCCGAAAGAAGAAUGUGUCGAAAGGUCAAGGUUAUAUCUCAUGGUUUCGACGCCGGUUUGGUUAUCGACGGAGGUGUUACAUUACCAUUCAACGACGGCACUACUGCUGUAUUUGAAAUUCAUUCUGAAGACGGUCUUAAAAAUUUAGUCAUCCGAUAA